AUGCAGAUUUCCACGAUCUCCCAGCUCAUGGCCCUCCUGGCCAUCGGCGCCCCUGUGUUUGCCGUCAAGGGCGACCCUCCGGUUAGCCCUCUGCCAGAGGUUAACCCUCCUCCCCACGCCAGCCCCUCGGCUCAUUGGGCGCUGGCUAAGAACGGACUUCUCUCGUUUCCUAUCAAGGCCCCCGUUGCCGAGAAGCCCGCCUCUGGGGACCAGCCCAAGAACGUUCAGGCGGAGAAGAAGCUACAGCGUACGCCCAGGUUCAAAAAUCAUGAUUAUCAGGCAGACGAGAGUCUUCAGUCCCCGCCCAGCCAAGGCACUCAGCAGGGCAGCCCAAAGGCUCCCGCCAACACUCAGAACCAGAGGCCCCAGAACCUUCACGCCAGUGCCAUCAGGGACGACGUUGAUUACACCCCGCCGUCUUCCCCGACCAGCUCCAAUUCCGCCAACGGCGAAAAGCCGAGGUAUUUGGGGUCGUACCGCAAAACCCAUUUCAGAAGGGGCGAAGACAGCCGCCGCCCGCAGGGUGUGCCCGCUCAGCCUGGCUCUCCCCGCGCUUCAACGCGCGGCCGCAAGUCCAAGGCUUGCAAGGCGCACCGUAGGCACUAA